AUGCACGAAUCCGGUCAAACUGAUGAUGGUGUCUUGCCUUCUCCUGAUGGAGGAUAUGGCUGGGUCGUGGUGGGCUCGUGCUUCAUUUUAAAUGCUCUUACUUGGUGUGUAACAGCAUCCUUUGGUGUCUAUCUAACAGAAUACGUCUCAUCCAAAAGGUUCGCUAACGCUAAGCUGAUGGAAUACGGGCUUAUCGGCGGGCUGAACUUCAGUUGUGCUAUACUCCUUACUCCGCUAGCAACCCACCUCGCCGGCAGAUAUCCUUUAAAAGCUGUUAUCCUGCUUGGAUGCUUCUUACAAAGCAUUGGUUACGUAACUGCUCCUUUUGCCUCCAGAGCACAGCAUCUGUAUCUUACUGAGGGGGCUCUGGUUGGGAGCGGGAUCGGCUUCGUCAUCGUGCCUAGCACGGCCGUCCUGUCGCAGUGGUUUUCGAAACGGCGCAGUAUAGCCAACGGAAUCAGCUCUGCCGGCUCUGGUGUCAGAGGAGCAGCCUUUACUUGGGGAACAGCUGCUAUGAUUAAACAUCAGGGGUUAGACUGGGCACUUUGCGCAACUGGUAUCAUUACCUUCGCCACCGACGUUGUUGGCUUUUUGAACGUAGGGACCGCGACUAGACGUCCCCUUAUUGGCCUCGUAAGCGAUCGUUUCUCCCGGAUUGCCACUGCCUACAUGCUUACGCUUCUCUGCAGUCUCGUUUACUUUGUCCUCUGGUUACUGGCCACGUCGUUUGGACUGACACUGUUCUUUUCUAUUGUUUGCGGGGCAAUCUUGGGAGUCUUCUGGAUGGCGAGCAUAUUUCUCUUCACAUUUGCUCCGAAUCUUUAG